AUGGCGUUGAAAUCCAGAGCGCUUUACAACUUCCAGAGCUAAAACAAAGAGGAGAUCAGCAUCCAGGAGAACGAGGAGCUCGUCAUCUUCAGCGAGAACUCCCUGGAUGGGUGGUUACAGGGUCAGAACAGCCGCGGGGAGACCGGCCUCUUGAACCUCAACCGCUUCUCCUGCGUCGUCCGCUCGGGGGUGGAAGCCUUCAUCCUGGGGGACGUGCCCCUCAUGUCCAAGAUUGCGGAGGUGUACUGCAUCGAGAUGGGCUCCAAAGGUCCCCAGUGGAGGGCCAACCCUCACCCCUUCAUCUGCUCCGUGGAGGACCCAACUAAACAAACCAAGUUCAAGGGCAUCAAGAGCUACAUCUCCUACAAGCUGACCCCCAGCAACAUCAACUCGCCCGUGUACCGUGUCCUCUCCCAGUACGAGGGCUUCCAGCACUUCCUUUGCUGCCGCGACGAGAAGCAGUGGAAGCUGGGCAAGCGCCGGGCGGAGAAGGAUGAGAUGGUGGGCGCCAGCUUCCUCCUCACCAUCCAGAUCCCCACGGAGCACCAGGACCUGCAGGAUGUGGAGGACCGCGUGGAUGCCUUCAAGGCCUUCAGCAAGAAGAUGGACGACAGCGUCCUGCAGUUGACCAACGUGGCCUCGGAGCUGGUGCGCAAGCACGUGGGGGGCUUCCGGAAGGAAUUCCAGAAGCUGGGCAAUGCCUUCCAAGCCAUCAGCCACUCCUUCCACAUGGACCCCCCUUACAGCUUGGAUGCCCUUAACAAUGCCAUCUCCCACACGGGCAAGACGUAUGAGACCGUGGGGGAGAUGUUCGCUGAGCAGCCCAAGAAUGACCUGUUCCUCAUGCUGGACACACUCUCUUUGUACCAAGGGCUCCUCUCCAACUUCCCGGACAUCAUCCACCUCCAGAAAGGUAAGGGUGGCUUCUCUCCUGAGAGCCAGCGGAUGAGCGACGAGGGCAGGAUGGACCAGGAGGAGGCGGACGGGAUCCGCAAGCGCUGCCGCGUGGUGGGCUUCGCCCUGCAGGCCGAGAUGAACCACUUCCACGAGCGGCGCGUGGCCGACUUCAAGAGGAUGAUGCAGUCCUACCUGAAGCAGCAGAUCAUCUUCUACCAGCGCGUCAGCCAGCAGCUGGAGAAGACGCUGCGCAUGUACGACAACCUCUAA